AUGGCUUCGGGAAACUGCACAACACCAACCACGUUCAUUCUGUCUGGAUUGACAGACAAUCCAGGGCUGCAGAUGCCUCUCUUCAUGGUGUUUUUAGCCAUCUACACCAUCACCUUGCUGACAAAUCUGGGUUUGAUUGCAUUAAUCAGCGUGGAUCUCCACCUUCAAACACCAAUGUAUAUUUUCCUCCAAAAUCUGUCUUUCACAGAUGCUGCUUAUUCUACAGUCAUCACUCCCAAAAUGUUGGCUAUGUUUUUAGAAGAAAGAAAAACAAUUUCGUAUGUAGGUUGCAUUCUGCAGUAUUUUAGCUUUGUUUUGUUGACAGUCACAGAGAGCUUGCUGCUAGCUGUGAUGGCAUAUGACCGGUAUGUGGCCAUCUGUAAACCUCUGCUUUAUCCUUCCAUCAUGACCAAGGCGGUCUGCUGGAGGCUGGUGGAAAGUUUGUACUUCUUGGCCUUCCUGAACUCUCUGGUGCACACCAGUGGCUUGCUAAAACUAUCCUUUUGUUAUUCAAAUGUGGUAAACCAUUUCUUCUGUGAUAUCAGUCCUCUCUUCCAGAUUUCUUCUUCCAGUAUCGCUAUCAGUGAGCUGCUGGUUAUCAUUUCUGGCAGCUUGUUUGUGAUGAGCAGCAUCAUAACCAUCCUCAUCUCAUAUGUUUUCAUUAUUCUGACUGUGGUGAUGAUCCGCUCCAAGGAUGGGAAAUACAAGGCCUUUUCCACCUGCACCUCUCACCUGAUGGCUGUCUCCUUGUUCCAUGGAACUGUCAUCUUCAUGUACUUGCGACCUGUCAAGCUCUUCUCUCUGGACACAGACAAAAUUGCAUCUUUGUUCUACACCGUGGUGAUCCCUAUGCUGAACCCCCUCAUCUACAGCUGGAGGAACAAGGAAGUAAAGGAUGCUCUACGCAGACUUACAGCCACAACGUUUGGAUUCAUUGACUCUAAGGCUGUCCAGUGA